AUGGAAAGUGACCAAUUCGGACAGAACAGUGAAGCGAAUGGACAUGAACAAAAUAAUAGUAACAGUGACAAUGACAACAGUAAUGACCAUUCUAAUGACCAUAGAAAAGUAAGUAGCGAAAACGUAAAUACGACUCACUUACGAAAUAAUUCAUCCUAUAUAUCCUUAAGAAAUUAUAAAAUUCCAAGAAAAGUUUCACGGUAUUUAUAUCUAGAUAAGGACAAUACAUGUCCUGUCAAUGCAAAAAAUAAUGAUAAAAAAUAUAUACAGAAAGAGAUUAUUACUAUUCCAAAUACGUUCAUACAGAAAGCUCAAAGUGGCGCCCAGAAAUCAGCUAUUGAAAUUAAUAGAGUGAAUUAUGUUUAUGCCAUGAAUGACGAUAACAGUCUGAUUUCAUUAUGGGCUCCAUAUAAUCGUGAAAUUUAUGCUUUCAGCGAACUGAAAUUUUAUGCAGAGCAUUACGACGAAUUGGAGGGGGUAAUCGACCAAACGUAUAAUUCCGAAAUAAGGCGCAUUGACAAAGUGUUAUAUAAAAAUAUGAAGGAAUGCUCAGAUCAAACAAGAGAAAUGAAUACUUUAGUAUAUCAUCUGGAAAAUCCAGAGAUAAAUGGAAUUCGAGAAAGUGAAUACAGUGCUAAGAAGCAAAAAUACAAAGAGAAAAUUGAUACAUUACAGCAAUGCUUAAAAAGAAAUUAUAAGAAAAAUGAGAAGAGUAUUAAGGAAUCUAGGUCAAUUAUCUACAAUACUGUAAAUGACAUAUCAUGCAUCUGGCUAAAUCUUUGUCAAACAUAUAUAUAUUAUGAUAUGGUGACGCUUCGCGAAAUGAAGGUUAAACAAUAUAACGUUAAAUCAAUUACUUCAUUUAUAAAUGAAACGAGGAAAAUACAAAAGUCCGGUGAAGAUAUAAUAAAGAGAGUAAAACAACACUUAAAUGGAAGUCUUGCCUCUGAAACAACAGAAUUUGUAUUAGAAGAAAUUAAAUAUAUUGUAGAAAAAAUGGAUCUUCACUUAAGGAAAGUUACAGGAGCAAGUGACACUAUAAGAAAGCUUUCUAAACAAGAAUUCUGGAACUACUUCCAACGAUUUACACUUCAAACAGAAUUCUUCAAAUUAGCCGACGUUUAUUCCAGUUUUAAAUUUAGUACUGAGAAUUUAGAAAUCUUGAGAUAUGUGUCCGAGAAGAAAAAAGAAAAACUUGAUCAAACUUUUGGAAAAUUCGUGGAUGGGCUCAACAACAUAAUAAGUAUUCGUACAUCCUCCUUAUAUUCUAUCUCAGGUAUUCAUGCUGUUAUGUUGGCUUCUGAAGAACUCUUAAAAUCUAUAGAAUCAUUACACACUUCUAUUUACGAGCAGAUAAAAGAACAUAUACUUUAUUCAAAUGCACAAAUAGAAGAGACUAAGAAGAUUUUAGAUCAGAAAAUGCUCAAAUUAGAAGAAUACCUAAAAGAUACAAAGGGGUUAAUUACAACAAUAAAAGAAAGAUUUAAUUUAAAUAUAACCGAAAGUGAAAAAAUAGAAAAGAAAAGAAACGAAACUAACAAAAUCAAUACUUCCCUAGAAAAAUGUAAGAAACUCCUAGAUUUUAUUGGCACAAUAAAAUCAAGGAACCCGAUGAUACUCGAAACAGGAAAAAAAUUAGAGGAAUAUUCAAAACAGAUUAGUAUUAGAAAAACAGAAUUUCAACAAUUAGAGACAAGUAUUAAUGAACACGUACGAAAAAUUAAAGAAUUAAUUGAAAAUGAAAAACAACGACGUUCCAUGAGAGAAGAAAUAAAGAAACAUUUGAAAUAUUUUUCUGAGACUUUGCAUAACAUAAAAGAAAUGAUUUCCCAGAAGGAAGAAGUAGAGAAAUAUAUUCUAAGCAUUGAAAUUUUGAUUAAAGGCGUGCCAUAUCUUUCGGACGAAUUUACAACUCAAAAGACGGAAUUGCGAGACAGAGCAAAAUCAAUCAUUUAUUCAUUUUAUCAUGAAAAUUUACAAAUAUUUGUAGAAAAAUUAGCAGAAUUUAAUACAAAACAUCAGGCAUUAAACAAGGAAGAAAAGACUAAAGAAGAAACUCAAGAAAUAUACGAACAAACCAAAGGAAAAUAUCAAGAACUUGUAACUAUGAACUGCGAUGGUAUAGCCGAAAUGUUAAAUAAUUUGCGUGGAGUAGUAAAUAGUCUCUCAGAACUAAAGAAGAAAAUUAUCGAACAACAUGCUCAAAAUAUCAACACACAUGUGUCAC